UCUCGAAACAACAACAUAAGGAAGGACUUUAUAUUACAAAAAUAAUAUAAAUAAAAACUGUUUUUUAAAUUUAGAUUUGAAGUUACAUACUGUGCAAGGGCAGCCCGGGAGGUAAAUAUGCCGAUGCAGUGACAGACUUUUGAGUCGCCGCAGCUUGCUAAAAAUCUACUGCAGAAGUUUUACCAAAACAAUUAUGCUCCAAUUACUCCGUCAUUCCUUUAUAUGCAAUCUUUUUAUAUGUUUAGAGUUUUAGUUAAUUUUAUUUUAUACCCUUGUGAUGUUGAGGUACAUUUACACGCUGUUCAGAUUUUUGGAUUAUAAAUAUAUUAAAAUUAUUUACGCUCUCGUUCACUUGGUUUCCACUUCUAGUGUAAACGGUGCCAAAUAUUAAAUCACUCCAACGAUAAGAAUAAUUUGAUGGCUAAAUUGGGCCGUAUUGCAAUUGCAGCACAUUGUCUCACAAAAAUUGUAAAAGUCUCGAUUUAAGUUUCAACAACAAUGGGCAAUGAAGGCAGCAAACUGAAUGGCUUAAUAAUUGAAAAAAACUCAGUAGAGUCAAAUGAAUUUUGGAAACUAUAUAACGCAGAGUCACAGACAACUUUCAACGAUGAAGGCUGUACCCAGCUUCUUUCUAUAUUCCAGAGCAAAUUCUUCGUCAGGAGGCAUGUAUGGACUCACGGAAUGGGUCCAAUGGAAAGAGCGAUAAAAAACCUUAUGGUCUAUCGCCACCCAAGUAUAUUGAAAUAUGUAGCUACCUGGGACCAGUCAGGGAAAAAACAUAUUGCAACCGAGAGAGUCAGGCCCCUUAGCGAGGUACUGGGCCAGCAAAGCGGCAUUGAGAUCUGUCUUGGCCUGCGGACGAUAUUAUGUGGCCUUAUAUUUUUAAUCGAGACGGCUCUGGCCAGGCACUUAAAUAUAAGCACACAUUCCAUUUACGUAACGGACAAAGGCAGCUGGCGACUAGCUGGCUUUCAAUACGUUUGGAGAGCCACAGAGGUCAACCAACAGCUGAUUGAUUUGGCUCAUUCUUUUAUGGGCCCGAACAUCAGUCCAGAAAACUUUGAACAGUUUUUUUUUGCAAUUUUAUGUGAGCAGGUGUUGGGCAAUUAUAGGACUGAAACUAAUGAUGGGGUUGACAUUCCAUAUUCACAGGAUUUUCUUACAUACUGCAGCUCACACAUGAAACACCAAAACACUAAGCUAAGGCCCAGGCUUUCCGCCAUACUGCUUCACCCAUUCUUUAACCACGAAUUCGUGCUAAUACAUUCCUUUCUCGUUGAGUUGCCGCUAAAGUCGGUGCAUGAGCGCCAGAAAUUCUUUGAAAAUUUGAUUGAACGCCUACGAAUCUUUCACGAGCAAGUUGUUGCUUCGCAGCUGGCUUGUAACUUGCUUUCAAGAAUGGUUCUGCUAGAUAUUACUGCACAGAAAUACGUGACCCAUAUACUACGAGUAAAGACUAUGGAUAAAGCGAUAGGGUCUUUGUUUUCUUCACAAAUCUACGUUCAAUAUUUAAUGCCACAGAUACUAAAGAUGUUUCGCUUGCGUGAUGCACAAAUUCGUUUGAUACUCCUAGACUAUUUUAUGGACUACGUUCCCUUAUUAAGCAACGAACAGCUUCUAAAUGAUAUUCUUCCUCAUUUACAGCUUGCUAUGCGCGAUACCAACAGCAUCUUAGUUGCCAAAACGCUGAGAUGCAUGGCUGAUUUGGUUCCCAUACUAGGAGCUAAUAAAGUUUUGGGAGGGGAUCGUGUCCGCUGUUUCUCUGAUGGCCGCCCUCACGCCGCAGUGCUAACAAAUUCUCAAAAUAGUUUACCAGAGCUGCGGUCUAUUAGUCCCCUAAUAAAUACAAGGUCCUUUGACGCGGAAGAAGAUUUUAUGGUCUCCGGCAGUCCGUUGCCAACGGAUAACAACGUUGCUCCCUCAUCGCUUCGCCUUAGCCCAGACGGAGGGGAAGAUGAGAAUACUGAUUUAAGUAAGAGAAGUGACUCCGUGAGGGAACCAUCUGAAUAUGCCACAGGUAAAUCACUUUGCCUAGAUAGGGAGGGGACUUGUUCUGAUUGGGUUACUAGAUGCGAGCAUCAGCUCUCAUCAGCGGAGGAUAAUACAGUACACAAUUUUGAAAUCAAUAGUAGAACAUCGACCCCAAAGAUCCAAACAACUCGAGGUGUAUUAUCUUUACAUUACGCAUACCCCUCACAUGUAUCACUUGGGAUAAACAAAUCACUGUCGCAAACAGAACGUAGUGUUAUCGAUGAUCUCAGUGCGCUGGACAUUCAAGUGCAUCCAGUAAACGAUAUAUCAGAGCUUAGCAAGAUGGACUUCUUUAAAGACAUGGAGCCCAUCAUUGAGAUACAGUCUAAUAGCUGUGAUACAGCAAAGAGCAAUAACACCCAUUUCGCUGCUCUUAAUGAAUUCACAAAGAACGUUAAUGAUGUAGAUUGUUGGAGUCAUGACGAACAUAAUGAAGAUGACAUUUGAAACACGACGAAUGCCAUAUAUUCUUAAAUUCAGGUGCAAGUUAUUUAAUAAAUUUUUAUGUUUGCCUGUA